CAUCAAAGGACAUUUUUGGAAAUUCAAUACCAAAACACACUCCCUUAAAUCCCUCCUAAAAAGCAAAUGUCCCAUGUUUCACGGGACGGAGGGAGUAUGCCCUGACUUUUUAUUUUCAAAAAAAAAAAUUAAAAAGAAGGGGGAAAAUGAGAGGUCUCAGUUCUUUAUUACUCCCUCCGUAGUAUUUACGUUCGCACUCCAAAAGUUGAGGGUGGUGGCAACCCAGCCAUUUUCCGAGGUCAUGGGAGAUCACACCCGGAAUGAAAUGGCGGCCAUGCCGUUUUCCCUGCCGGAAGAUCUGACGAUCGCAAUCCUCACCAAAUUACCGCCGAAGUCGCUGAUUCGUCUCACUGCGCUUAGUAAAACGUGGUUCUCUUUCAUCCGAAGCCCUGAGUUCGUUUCUUCAUACCGGUCGAUUGCCGGCACCGAACAGUUGCUCUGCAGAUUGAGCAAUGAUGGAAGUCGUUUCGCUCUGAUCGCAGAUCGCCCCGACGGCGACGAAAAUCUCACGGUAGACCUUGGUUCAAUAAUCAAUCCCGACAAUCGAUUACCAAUCAGGUUUCUUGACAAUUUCCAUCCCUCAGUACACGAUGAUUUCGAAAUCAUAGGAAGCUUCAAUGGAUUGGUCUGCUUGUGCUUUAGCCGCUGGGGAACUGUUAACAGUUUAUAUGAUGCUCGCCCAUGGACUAUAUUCUUGUGGAACCCUUCGAUUCGAAGGCAUUUGUUGCUUCCCCCGCCACGGAUUCUCCCUAAGAUGUGCGGUCGUCUUGGGUUUGGUGGUUCUGAAGAUGGAGAUCAUAAGGUUGUGAGGAUUCUCUGGGUGGAUCUCAAUAGCGCAGGCGAGGAAGUUGUUGGGGAGGUUCGUCCCUUCCUUCGUGACAGUGGAGGCGAUCAUGUCGUGACAGUUGAGAUCUACUCUCUAAAUUCAGGGGAAUGGCGGAUUUUGCAGUUUGACUUGUCUCCCAAAAGGACAUUUAUGACCGGUCAGGCUUUUCUACAAGGUAGGAUGCAUUGGAUAUCAUUUAAAGAUAAUAACCCUGGUAGGUCUACCUGCGUAAUUACUUCAUUUAGCAUAAAUGAAGAGAGAUUUCAAGACUUGCCGUUCCCUACGAGUGAUGUUGAUUUUGGGCAAGUGUGGAUUUCCGUAGUUGGGGAGAAAAUAGGUUUCUUGGAUGUGCAUUUUCCUUAUUUUUGUUGCGUUUGGGUGAUGCAAGAAUACGGAAAUGCCGAUUCCUGGGCUAAGCUAUAUAAUAUGGAGUUUGAAAUGUAUGAGAGUAGGUAUUUACCAUUGGCAGAUGCUUUCAAAGUGUGGAAGGAUGUUGAAGUGUUUACGCCCACAAAUCACGGGUUGGAAAAUUUCAAAUCUCAGGGAAGUUUCACAGCAGCCGGGAAACAUAAGGGAGAUACCUUGUUUUUUUGUAACCAAGCAUUUGGAAAGUCUUGCUUUGCUUGAGAAGCAGAAUGCUGUUUCGGAUAUGCAUUUGCUUUGGGCCUGACAGGGAACAUGGAGGUGGAAGAUGAUUGACCGGCUCUUUGAAGGGAACAAUCCAUCUUUUGCUAUAUAGAUAAGCGCAACCCUUGCUCUUGAUGAACUUUUUUAUUAUUGGGUUUUCAAAUAUGCUUAGUCUUACAGAAUUGGUUGUUGCUAAGUUUUUGGAUACUUGUUACAAGUAAGGUACUAUUAAACAUUGCGCAUUCAUGGAUGAAAGGGCCCCUGACCCUACUUUUGUGGGAUUUUACUGGGUUGUUGUUGCUUCUGCAUUCAUGCAUAAAGAGCAGUGUCUAUA